AUUUUUCUGGUUGCCUUUUCAUUGGAGGACAAGCAACGACAUGCAUUAAGUUUCUAGCUAUUUUUGUAAUCGAAGACGAGCGUUCAGGAGGAGCAUCAAAGAGCAAUAGGGUUUCGCAUAUUCGUUGAUAUCGAUUGAUGCAUGUCAUAUUAUUUCUCUGUUCUUCUUAAUGCAGUUCUUGGCUCGCGGAAGGUCGUGAUUCAGUUGGCGUCACCAAACUAAAUUCUUGGCAGUUUUUUUUCUGAUUAAUUGCUUUACCAGGAGAGCUUCUUCUUUUUUUCCUAUAGUUUCUCCAGAAUCUUUCAAUUGAUCAUUGAAAGAGAAAAUCCUGGGAAUGCUGAAAGAUGUGCUUCAGCAUUCAGAGUUCUUCCUGCAAAGCCCUUGAUGCGGUACUCUUGCUAGACUUGCCCAUUUACAUCCUUGAUGAGAUUGGAAAUGUAAAUCACAGCUCAUUCACUCGUGUAUUCAAAAGAAUAAUGGGUCAACAGACUGUAGAACGCACGCUGUAUCAAUGCAGGACUUUUCUGAAGAUGGUUGAGCUGCUUCUACUUUUCAAAAAUGCCAUGAUUGUAAAUAACAUAUAUUAAGGAAGGAGAUACAUAGUGUAGCACCUUAGGAUUUGUAGAUCAGAAUGGAAAAUAAAGGAAGUAUAUUGAUGCAAAGAUAUGAAUUAGGGAGACUGCUGGGUCAAGGUACCUUCGCUAAGGUUUACUAUGCAAGGAGUAUCCAAACUAGCCAGAGUGUGGCCAUUAAAGUAAUAGACAAAGAAAGGGUUAUUAGGGUUGGGCUUAGCACUCAGAUCAAGCGAGAAAUAUUGGCUAUGAGACUGGUUAGGCAUCCUAAUAUUGUGCAGCUAUAUGAGGUCAUGGCUACCAAAAGUAAGAUCUAUUUUGUGAUGGAAUAUGCUAAAGGUGGUGAGCUUUUUGACAAGGUGGCUAAAGGAAGGCUAAAGGAGGCAGUUGCAAGGAAGUAUUGCCAACAGCUGAUCAAUGCUGUUGAUUUCUGUCAUAGUAGGGGUGUUUAUCACCGGGAUUUGAAGCCAGAAAACUUAUUGUUAGAUGAGAAUGAGAAUCUGAAGGUCUCUGAUUUUGGGUUAAGUGCCCUUGCUGAAUCCAAGCGCCGAGAUGGGCUACUCCACACCACCUGUGGAACACCUGCUUAUGUUUCCCCCGAAGUAAUUGAAAGGAAAGGCUAUGAUGGGGCCAAAACUGACAUUUGGUCAUGUGGGGUAAUCUUAUAUGUCUUAUUGGCUGGUUAUCUCCCAUUUCAUGAUUCUAAUUUGAUUGAAAUGUACCGAAAAAUUGGAAAAGCAGAAUUCAAAUGCCCUAAUUGGUUCCUACCAGAAAUCCGCAAGCUGCUAAGAAGGAUGCUGGAUCCAAGUCCUUCUACAAGAAUUUCCAUUCACAGAAUUAAGGAAAAUUCUUGGUUCAGAAAGGGAUUUGACUCCACACAGACAAAAGCUGAACCAAAAAGCAAGGACAAAGCUCCUCAAAAUAGAGAUGCAGGUCCUGACCCCAUUGAGAAUGGCAGUAUAGCUGCUGAGAUAAAGCCAGAGAAGGCAAGACCUUCAAGCUUGAAUGCUUUUGACAUCAUCUCCCUCUCAGAUGUGUUUAAUUUGUCAGGUUUGUUUGAGGAUAAUCCUCAUAAGAGAGAAGCCAGAUUUACAACCAAGCAGCCUGUAUCAGCCAUCAUCUCUAAGCUGGAAGAAAUUGCUAUGCAGCUUAGGUUUGAAGUCGGGAAGAAGGAUGUAGGUUUGCUGAAAUUGGAGGGGAUGAAGGGAGGCAGAAAGGGGAUCUUGUCCAUUGAUGCUGAGAUAUUUGAGAUCACUCCAUCUUUGCAUUUGGUGGAGAUGAAGAAAUUCAAUGGAGAUACAGUGGAAUAUCAAAAGAUAAUGAAAGAGGAUAUUAGGCCUGCUCUCCAAGAUAUAGUUUGGGAUUGGCAAAGUGAGCGACGGCAACAAAUGUGACAACAACAGGAACAGCCACAGCUGUUACAGCAGCCAAAGCGAUUGCAACAGAAACAGCUACGGCACUAGCAGUCACAGCAGCUGCUGCAGUGGCAGCAGAUACAGCAGCAACAAUUUUCUUGAAUAUUUUCUCAUGGCAUCCCAUGUUUGUGUAUUGUUUUUAUAUGCACUUUGUUUAUGUGCUGUGUCACGGGGUGAAGAUAAGGGGAUAACAGUGGGGAAGAUAAUGACACGUAUGUUACUGCCCAGGGUGUUCCCCUGUAUGCAAUUCUUUGGGGACUGGUACUGUAAACUCGAACUCUUUUUGAUUAAAUGCUUGUACUGUUGCCUAUUUUGUUGAAUGAUAUAUAGGUAGACCCUUUUAGAUAAGUA